AUGACAACGACCUCCGAACCAGCGCCCUGCCAACAAACAGUUCAUUUUAUCAGCGAAUAUUUGAGCAAGCCUCCAAUUUUUCCAGUUCCAGUACUGAAGAUGAACUUCCUUGUGUUUAGCGCAGCUUUUACGAUGUUUGUGACAAUCCAUGGAGGUGAGUUACUAAGUACCGAAGGCUUUUGAAAGCACAUACGCAAGUCCAGAAGGUCCAGUAAUUACAUGUACGAGGCAGUAUGCAUCUUUGGUGCAGUUUGGAGACGAAGUAACGGCUUUUAGGAUACAAAUCUUAAAUCUCGAAGCCAUUAGAAUUUUACAAACUCAGAAACUCGCAUUUGCAAGAACAUUCGCCACUUAAGGUCUCAGUUGCAACGCUUAGUUUUUAAUACGCGCCUUGCACCCGUAAGUAAAUUGGUUCGGAUGUUGCUUUAGGCUCGUUUAGGCGAGUGGUGACAUGGAAUUUCCAGUUCAAUUAUUUUGUUAUAUUAUUACAUCAUACCUAAACGAAUCCAAUCUAAGUUCCCAAUUUAAAGUUCUUUACUCCACUAUGACGUCUAGGAUUCAAACUCCAUGAAGUAGCUGUGUGAUUUAAAUAAAAUAAAUUUUAAGAAAAGCGAUUUAGCCUGUGCGAAAGCCGGUUGUAUGCAGCUGCAAAGGACCAGAGCAAAGAAAACUCACGUAUUCAAAGACUGGUUAGCUCGUCUAAAUGCGUUUUAAACAUUUGGUAUUCUGCAGUUAAGCCGUACCUGACCAGCCCUUGUUAUCUCAUCAGAUCAGUCUUAUGUUGUACGCGAAACUGUGUUCGGUGAAGAGUGGUUUGGUUUCUUACUUCCUUGCGACUCAUUCCGUCUGGUACCGUCUCGUGGUCUAAAAUCGUUCCGUGUUCACCACAAUCUCGCCUGCGUUGCGGCAGCCGUUGCACUCGAGACCUAG